UGUCUGCCGUCGUUUUAAGCCAAGCCAUGAUUGAAGACCACUAAAAUCAAAAUGGAGGAAUAAUGAUGCUCAUAUAUUUAUAGUGCCGACUUUUAUACAAUUUUUAUUUACUUUAUAUAUAUAUAUUAUUAUUAAAAUCACAAUGCUACGUAGUACAAUAAGACGCCUUAGACGAACCUUAAGUUUCAGAAGCCGCAGCAAGCAUAGAGGAAGUAGUAAGAAGGCAGGUGGAGGGACAAAUCAGGACUGGGAAAGUGAUGCACUAAACAUCAAGCAACAAGGCGGCUGUAGUUUUAGUGUUAAAUACCUUGGAUGCUUAGAAGUAUCUGAAUCUAGGGGGACACAAGUAUGCUCUCAAGCCGCACAUCAAAUGAAAAUGAGUUCGGCUGGGAAGAAAAAACAAAGGGUGUCUUUAUGGGUUACUGAGGAUACGCUUCGAGUUACAGAUGAAGAAACGAAGUCAUUAGUUGUGGAUCAAGUCAUAGAGAAAGUUUCAUUCUGCACACCGGAUCCUCACGAUGAGAAGCUGUUCUCAUACAUUUGUCGUGAUGGGACGUCUAGAAGAUGGCUUUGUCAUUCAUUCAAAGGAAUUAAAGAUUCUGGUGAAAGGAUCAGUCACGCAGUCGGUUGCGCAUUUGCUGCAUGUCUAGCAAAAAAGCAGCAACAGAAUCAACAAAAUCAAAAUUUUCAGAGAGGAAACUCAACUCGUAAAACAUUGGAAAGUCGUCCGAACGGCGUGAAACUUCCACAACAGAGCGUGGACGCACUUCAAAAAUUAAACCAAGAUGAAUACAGUGCUAGAGUAUCGAAAGCUAAUGACACGUUGCAAGCGAAGACGACCACUGUAAGUGAAUCAGAAACAAUAGAAACCACGCCACAGUCUUCACCAACAGCGAAACAGCCGCCUCCAGCAUUUGCGAGACCUCGACCCAGUGUUGGUAUGGACGCUGCUGCGUUUACUAGACAUGCUUCUUUACCAUAUAGAACAAAGAAAUCUCAAGGAUCAGCUACGUAUCAAGCUUUAACGGAAGAUCCGUUGCCGCCACGCAUACCAACCACUCCAGAACCAGUCUCGCCCGGAGCGUUGGAUGAUGAUUUGUGGUUGAGUACGCCCGCUCAACCAGUUCCACAACAACAGCAUCAAGUUAAUCCAUUUACUGCACCUUCACAAACUGUAAUGAUUCAACAACAAUCAGGUUUCACACAGGCUUCCAUACAGCCUGUCCCUGAGCAGCAAAAACCAAAUCCGUUUUCAAAUAACUGGGCAAAUUCCUCGACUACUAAUGCCAAUCCGUUUAACGAAAAAUUUGUCUAACUAGAAAAAAACGUUUAAAUAUGUUUUUUUUCCAGCCGUUACAAACUCGAACGGCGUGGUGAUAUGUACGGUCAAAUUCACACAGCAGUAAACUUGCAAACAUCGCCUACACGUACUACCAUGUAGUUUAUAAAAGAAGGAAAAUAUUGACAUAAACUCACUGGUUAGCGUUGCAUAAUUGUUAGGUUAAUUCACUUCCGUGUUACGUGUUUUAUCUUUACUUCAUUCUUCAUAGCCUGGUGCUUGAUCUUAAUGUGUUGUCUCACUUUCCGUUGACCUUAAUAUUAUGUGUUUUUAACCUUUAGUAUGGUUCAGGAACCUUUUUUUGCUGGGACUGUUUCCCUGAUUACGCAGCUCUCUGUAAACAUAGUAUUUUUAAUCAGAUGAACAUUUUUUGAGUUGCUGGGUUUUUACUUUCAAACAUUUUACUUAAGCGAGGCACCUCUCAUCUUUUGCAAAUAUCAGUUCGUUCAGUGUUUUUCUUUAGGAGUAGAACUUCACCAAAAUUUCAGUGUUUUUUUUAUGAAGAUGAUUCAAUUGUGUAUAAUAUUUAUAUCUUUAUAAUUAAUUUCUUUUUUAAUAAUUUUAUCACAUGUAUACAGAAUUUGUUUGUUGUGUUUUAUCGCUAUUAGUUUUUAUUUUUCUUGACACAUGUGCUUUUAUCUGUUAGAUUUGAAUAAUCGAGUCAAAAAAUCCGCGAGUUUUGUGGUCCAAACGCUACUGAGUCAACAUUGUUUCUAUAAAAUUCGUAAGAAAGAUUUGUACAUGAUAUUCUUGGUGUUGAUAUGCGCUAAUUUUCGCUUUCAUGUCAGCACCAUUUUACUUUUAACAGCGUUACUAUUAAUUGUAUGUAUAGUCCAAUUUUAGAAGAAUUAAGGGUGAAUAAAUCUGGA